AUGUCUUCAGAAGACUCUACAGACGCUGGAAUUUCUUCAAAUGCAUUUGCCGUGUUCAUCCUUAUAUUAUUUGGAAUCAUUCUUUUAGUCUAUCUGCUUUCGAAUCCCAUCAAACAAGCCUUAAAUUCUUGCAGACUGAAAAUACAAACCGUAUUCACGGCAAGGUACUGGCGCAAGGUAGCGGAAAGCCAUAAAGAAGAACUGGACAACUUCUUCCAACCUCUUCACAUGAAAAAGAAAGAAAUUUCUGAAAAUCUCGACGUUUUGGAAAUCGGUAUCGGAGAUGGUGCGAAUUUCCCUUAUUAUCCAGAAGGUUGCAACGUAUAUGCUCUGGACCCUGAAGAUAUUUUCCAAGCGGCAGUGCAGAAUAACAUAAAGAAAUAUCCGCACCUGACAUUCAAAAAGUUCUACUGCUCGCCUGCCGAAGACAUGUCUUUUAUCAAAACUGGUUCUCUCGAUAUUGUUAUAUCUACCAUUGUCUGUGUUCCGUUGGAGAUGUGGGAAAAGUUCUGA